CCAACCUGGAGCGCAUCCACGGCUCUGAACGCCGUCAUGCUUGCAUUAUUUAUACGCGCUUGCAUGGGCGGUCCCUUUCAUAUAACUACUUGCACGUGCUUCACAUUGAUCCUUCAGCACUCCUCGGCGGUCCCUGCAGAGCGGAAAGGUGAACGGCAGUAUGCAGCAAAAUCGUCAAUAACCCAGCGGUACACCUUGAUUAGGCAUCCCCAUGCGGGCUCUGAAGCGGUGCAGCGCUUCUGCGCCAGCUCGGCUACUGCAUCGAGCUGAGGAUGACUGUCAUUGAACAUGCUCAAGUCACUAGCACUAAAGCACCUCCUAGCGCUACAUCGAGAGCGGCAUGGUACCAUCUCCGACUGCAGUCGAUAAUGGCUCAUGACCACUUGCUCGCGUGGGAGCCAUUUUCUGCUCACGCCACUUUCGUCCCGGCUGCACUACAGUAUGGGGCAGCAAGCUCCUAGCGCGAUCGUGGCUUGAGCAAGCUCUGGGCCCAUAAUUCCGCUUGCGUGGAUGCAUGCGAGACCUCCCAAGGCUGACCCUUUGCCUUCCUCGUUGACGUUGUCUUUCUUUUCCAAAAGCCAUUCAUUAGAUCACGGCCCCGAUCGCCACCCUGUCCUCACGGCUUCCAGUCAUCGGCGGCGUCUUUUGCUUGCAGUAUCCUGGGGCUGU